GCAAAUAUCCCCGGAGACCAGACCAGCCACACCGGAGGCAGAAAAAUAUCUCCUUCGCUUUUGCACUUUUCCUUUUGGGGGGUCCCCGACACGUCACAGCACAGCACCGCUGCUCCCCCGGCGAUGGCCUGCGGCGGCGGCGAGUCGGAGGCGGAGCGGAGGGCGGCGCUGCUGCGCGACAUAACGGAGGAGGGCGGCUUCGCCUUCGUGGCCUCCGCGGAGAAGGCGGCGGCGGGGGACCUGCGGGCGGCGGAGGCGGCGCGGGAGAUGGCGUGGGAGCAGCUCCACUCGGGGCCCUGGAGCGAGGUCGGCAGCGCGUGGAGGGACGCCUACGCGCUCGCCUGCCUCCACGUCGCGCGGCUCCGCCGGGCCGCCGCCGACCGCCGCGCCGCGCUCCGGGCGCUCGACAUGGGGCUCAUCAUGGGGGGAAACCUCCUCCGCGCCGAUCUCGAGGCUGCCCUGGCCUCCAUCGCCGCGGAGCCGAGCGACGGCGAAGGUGACGGCGCGGAGGCUGUCGAUGAGGAAGCCAAUAGGUGGAGGGAAGGGCUCGACAGGAACCGUGACAUUGCCGAUGCCCUCAAAAUUCUUCCGACAAAGUCUUUAUCUUGUAAGGAAAUUGCGAGACGAUCGUGUAUAUCUUUGGAGGAGUUUAUAUGUGAUUACUUUUUACGUGAGACCCCUGUUAUAAUCAGUGGCUGCAUCGAUCAUUGGCCUGCGAUGAAAAAAUGGAAGGACAUCCAGUACCUAAAGAAGAUUGCUGGGGAUCGGACGGUUCCUGUUGAAGUUGGGAAGAGCUAUGUUUGCAGCGAGUGGAAGCAGGAGCUUAUCACGUUCUCCCAGUUCCUUGAAAGGAUGUGGUCAACUGCAUGUCCUUCAAAUUUGACAUAUCUAGCUCAGCAUCCAUUAUUUGAGCAGAUUUUAGUUAUUGACGUUUGGCAGAUAAAAGAGCUUCAUGAAGACAUAAUGGUUCCUGACUACUGUUACGCUGGUGGAGGGGAGCUCCAAUCACUUAAUGCUUGGUUUGGUCCACACGGGACAGUGACACCAUUGCACCACGACCCGCAUCACAACAUUUUAGCUCAGGUCUUGGGCAGGAAAUAUAUUAGACUCUAUCCUGGUUCUGUAUCCGAGGACUUGUACCCACACACAGAAACUAUGUUAAGCAAUACUAGUCAGGUGGAUCUUGACAACGUAGAUAUGAAUGAGUUCCCGAAGGUAGAAAACCUUGAUUUCAUGGACUGCAUACUGGAGGAAGGUGACAUGCUGUAUAUUCCUCCGAAAUGGUGGCAUUAUGUCAGAUCUCUUUCGAUUAGUUUCUCCAUUAGCUUUUGGUGGCGUACAACAGUUAUAACUCCGAGCACGUAGUGAAAACAUUUUGGUCUUUGGUACAUCAGGACCAGAUCUCGGGACUCAGGAACUUGGUAAGCCUGACUGGACACUUUGUUUCAACAUUCUGUCACCCAUUGUUGUGUGGAUGUAGUCGUUUGUACCAAGUAUCGUAGAUGUACAUGGUCACUUUUACUAUAAUUAUUUUGGACAUUUAA